AUGAACUACAUUGUUCGCUUUUUGUGCGGAUUAGCACAAAAAAACAAUGAGGACAAUACCCCAGCAAAUCCAAAAGCAAUAACAAAUCCGAAUUUUCUCACUGCGCUCUCAACUCACCGCAUUCGCCAAUUAAGCUCCGCGGCCACCCGCGAACAGCCUCAGUCGGAGGGUCCAUCGUCGUCGUUCGCCUUUCCUUUUCCCGGACGGGAGCAAUGGGAAAACGAGGAUAGCAUAUACGUCAAGGGACCAAAUUCUAAUCGCAGGCGAGAUGCGUCGUCUUCUUCAGUGACCAUGCCGAUGUCGUUUAUGACAGGGUCGAUUGUGGGCAAGCGUUUCUACAAGCAAGUAACGACAAAGGAGGCAGAUGAUGGGAAUGGUUGGACUGUGAUGCUAGAUUAUAGAACUCUCAAGACGCCUUCCAAAAGGCCUCUCAAACUCCCUACUCUUGCUCUUGCAAAGGCCAUAGCUGCUGAAUGGAAUAUCAGGUAUGCUUAUUUCUUGGUCAAUUCGUUUCGUUUCCAGCAAAUAGAUGGCAUAAGACCUUUCACGAUGCCUCUUAUGAAGCUUGCUUGUACGGCCUUGGAAAGAGUUCCUGUCACUCGGACCAAAAUCAUUGAGAAUUUGAUGAAGAAAUUCAACCAAGAUCUAGUCUUUUGUCGUGCUCCUGGUGAUAGUGACCUUACAAGCAAUGUCCGUGAUCGUCAAUUGGAGAAAAUUGAUCCCUGCUUCAUUGGUGAGCUGGAAUUUGGCUUCAAGCCUACUGUCUACACCAGUUUUUUUGGUGGAAAGCAGGAAGAUGGUCUCUCUAAGGCAGUAGAGAACCUUCUAAGGGCGGAUGACUGUGAAAUGGCUUCAAUUGAUGCCAUAGCAGCAGCAGCUCACUCUUUAAUUAUUGCUAUUGCUUUAGUUCGUGGGAGAUUGCAGAUUGAGGUCAUUGAGCUUAUUAGACUAGAAGAAGAUUUGCAGAUAGACAGGUGGGGCCUAGUUGAAGGCGGGCAUGAUGUGGAUAUUGCUGAUCUUAGGGUGCAGAUUUCAUCAGCCGCGUUUUCUUGGUUUGCGAGGAGAAUCUAGUUUCUGCACAUCGUCUCUCAAUCCAGUUAUAAUUGUUCAUGGAAACUGGUUGUUGGUGUAACAUCCAGAGCAAUACAGAUGCGCUACUCAAGGUCGCUUGCGGUUUUGUAUUUUUGAAGAGUUAACACCUGAUAAUUAGGAUUUUUCUGGGUGCUAGAAUAAGACGUCAGCUCCAUUGCGUAAGCUGUUGCUUAGGGCUUCAUGGCAAGCAAUCUUUUGGUUGUGGACUGUAAGAUGAAAAUGAAAUACACCAUGGACACGUUCUAAUACAGAUCGUAAUGUUUAAGCAGCAGGCAGAUAAUAACGAUUUUCACAAAAAAAGACACUGACGAUAUCACGAAUUUA